AUGCCGGUGAGGCCUCCACCUCGCCCGGGACUGUGCCACCGCUGGGCCAUCCUGUUCCUGAGCGACCGGCCCCUCCUGCAGGUGCCCAGAGGGCUACACGGGCUGGGCCCCCCCACGCUGAUGGCCCCGCAGCUGGUCGCUCACCAGGCCCACGUGUCGCUCGGCACAGGCACGUGGAUUUCCAGAGAGCCCUCGGCUUCCGUGUGCCAAGUGCUUGAGAGCACUUGUGAGAACAAAAGUAGACAGAGGGACGCGGACCCGGGAAUCUGCAUGGCACCGAGGACAGACACACAGCCAGACACUGUGAGCAUGGAAGACAAACCGUGUUUCCCAGGACUGUCUUCCUCCCAGAGGGCCGAGAGCGGUCAGGAAAGGCUCAGGCGGGCUGGCAGGAGGAACUGGGCCCGCACGGAUGCCUUCCGAGUCUCCUGGGAUCCAGAUGGGGAGACCGAGCCGCACGGCCAGGCCACAGCACACGGCCGUGUUGACCGCCGGAGCUCUAGUUCUUGGUGCAGCUCUUCUGUGAGCUGGGAGGACAUGAAGCCCGUUGAUCACAGGUCACCCAGAAAAGAACCCAGCAGAGAACCUCCUAUGGACACUUGGGGUGCCGCUGCCCGGGCCGGAGAGCUGCCCCCCGGCCCCUGGCGCAGGGCUGUGGGAGUGAGGCCUGGAGGAAAUGCAGCCGUCAGAACUGCGGGCUCCAGACCCUCACUCGGGUCUGCUUCUUGGUUGUCUUCUGGUUCUGGGUGACCCGAGAACAUGGCCACACAUCCUUUGACCCACAAAGAAGAAACUUUUGAAAUAAUCAAGAGCUGCACAACGGCUUGUCACCCUGUGGCUCCUCUUUGGCCUGUUCAAGAUCCUGAGUCAGGACAAGGUGGUGGCUCAGUCCAGCAGCAGGACUCAGACCCUGAUCCUUCAGUGGACGAGGAGGGCCAGCUGCUUGGCCCCAGGGGGCAGCGCAUGUGCCCAGAGGUGUGGUCAGGGGGCUGGGGCCCCGCCUCUGGCGGCCACGAGGGAUGCACUACCCCCGAGGAGGGGAGCCAGCCUGGGAACCUGCUCAACGGCGGCCGGAGCUGCAGCCCGUCCUGCUGGACGUCUCCUGCGUUUUCCUGCGGGUCCUCUGAGGGCGACCCGAGGUCCUACCUGAACUCCAGCAGAAGUUCUUCCAUUUCUUUGGCAGGAAGGACAAGGCAGGAGACUCUUGAGGCUCGCACCCUGCAGCCCGAUGACCUUGAAAGAGUCCUGGCGGGACUGACGCAUGACUGGCUGUUCGGGAGCGUCCAGCCCAGCCAGCUCCACCGGGCGUACAAUGCUCUUUUGUAGAGAUAUUCUAAAACAUCCGACUUGUGGGGGCAGGAAGCUGUUGCAUAUUUGGGGGACUACCUGAUGUGAAGAAAGGCAGACAAAGACUCUUUCUGGGUUCAUUAUCUUCAUCAGGAGGAAACUAUGGGCAGGUACGUUGGGAAGGAGUCCAAGCAGCCCAAGGGGCGGGCCCGCUUUUCCGACGUGGAGCGUCAGACGACCGCCCAGCGCUACAUCACAAAUUACAAGAGGCUUUAUGAACAAAAGAUCCUGACACAGAUAUUCUACAUCCCAUCUGUCGUCUGCUGUUUAGAGGACAAGACCGUGGAUAGGUGGGCCAGUGUGGGACCUCACGUCCUGGGGGAGUUUAUGAAAUUGCCGGACAACACGAAGGUGGUGAAAACUAACGACGCCCCAACGUGCGACCUGGCUUAGGGCCAUUUUCCUCACGAGUGUUCCCAUCACCGAGACUGGCAGGCCCUGUGGACCGCAGAGACAUCCCCCAGCUCCGGGGAGGGGUCGGCGCGUGAGUGUGAUGACUGCGCCGUCGUCUUCCUCGGCCGAGACCUUCCUUCCACCGAGAAAGCAGACAAGUCCUCGGCCGUCUGGGGUGGCGACGGGGCGGCCGCUCGCCGCUCACAGGUGCCGGGCCCCCCCUGCCAGGAGCCUCCCAGCCUGGCCCCCGGGGGCUGCGGGCGGAGAGACUGCCUGGCCGGUGCGCUGUGA